UAUCUUGACUUUAUUUGUAAAAUUCUAAAAAGACAAAUCGAAAUCCUGUGGCUGAAACAAAGCCGCGCUCACUACACGUUCCUGUUUACUGCCCUAGCGAUCUUCUAUCAUCAUCAGUUCACCAUUUUUCUACAAUCUGUUAAUGGUACUGAUGAUUAUUAAAGGGUUGUUCAGGAGAUAUGAGCGAUGGAACCCGGUGCAUCCUACAUCUGGAGCCUUUUGGGGCAUGGGGAUAGGCUUCGGUUGUGGAAUCGGCUGGGGACCUGGGUUCGGGCCGGAAGUUAUCGGUUAUGUUGGUGCGGGUUGUGGUGUUGGGUUUAGUGUCGGAAUUACUCUUGCUGGUUUCGGCGUUGGGCUCCCUGCGAAUCGCCUCCUUAAAGUUCCUUUUAGUGCUUUAAUGGCAACAAGAAGUGGUGCGGUGGACUUUGCUCGUGCUAGCGGUCUACUUGGCACAGACGGUAUUAACGAUGGAAUAAACGCAACUGGCAUUCAAAGAUGGGUGUCAACUUUCAACCAUGAACAAACCGUAGACAAAAGAGUACAUUUUUCGGGCAUGAACAGAUUAAUGUCUUCUCAGGCAAAGAUGGUUUUAAAUUGUUUUGAUGAACUCAAAAGUCGCGUUAAACGUCCUCGUUGAGAUAUGAAACACACAUAUCAGUCCUCUUGCAGGCUUAAGGAUACCACUGAGGUUGAUGAUCUUAGUAACCUUGACCAGAUGAUGCUGAAAGAUGAAUGUGAGAUACACUAGAAAGAUCAUAUGUUUUUUUUUUUUUUUUUUUUUUAGAGAAAUUAUAGGAGAGUUAUUUCAAGUUAGAACAUCUUGUGUCGCUCUAGCUUACAAGUAUUGAGUUAUUGGUCUUUCUUGAUGUCAAAAAUAAAAUUGUCAAAUAAUAACAAUCUUACCUUUGAAGGAUGUAA